AGUCAAUUGGAGUCAAAAAUUUAUCUGAUAUAACAAUAGUGAACAUAUAAAUUAUCGCUCGAUAAUUAGAUUUAUGACAAAUUAGAGUUGCAGGCUGCGGGGUUAAAUAUUAUAGCUGAUUGGGACAAACUGAAAGAAGGAAAAAGAUAGUUAAGAUGGCGAGUGGGAGAGCAGUAGAAGCACUUAGAGCUUACAGAUCAGUACUGAAAGCCACUCACAAAGCCUUCGCCGGCGAUACUUUCAUGCUCCAAAAAUCCGCCGCGGAGGUCAGAAACAAUUUCGAGGAGAAUCGCCACGUCACCUCCGAUGCUGACAUUCAAAGGCUCUUAGAUGACGCCAAUGAUGCAUCUGAGUUCAUUUCCACCAUGAUUGUCCAAGCUAAAUCUACCCCCGACGGUGCUUUCGUGGUGAAGCCUGAGAAAGAACAUGCUGGAGCAACGCUCGAGGUUCCUUCUGAAGAGAUUCUUAAGAAGUUUGCUUGAGCAUAUUACAAGGAAGCUCAGAGCAUUUAGACUGCUGUGCUGGCGUUUUAUCUUUCAUAAACCGUGAGUUUGUCUUUUGAGUCUCUCCACUUGGAAUUUUCUCGGAGAUUCUGCUUUCUCAAAGGUCAUUGCACUUCAAUUUUUUCUGUUUUUGUUACAUUUAGACCAUAAUUAGUGGAUAUUGCAUCCAUCUAUCUAUCUCUCUCUCCUCUGUCUCGCCACAACCACUUUAGAAAGCAAGCAGACGUCCAGCUUUGCUUAAACAUAGCUAUUGUGAUAAAUGAUUGAAAGGUUAGUUGAACUAACUAUGCCACUAAAAAGAGUUAAGUUUUAUUUAUUGACAUUGUAAAUUAUUUGCAUAA